AAUACGCCACUGAAUCUAAUAGAGGCGCGGAGUAUAGAAUGAACAAAUCAUUAGCCAAUAUGACCGGAAUAGAGUACAGAAACAUCACGAGUUGUACGUCUGUAAUAUAAUUGGUGGCAAGUGUGAUGAGGGAUUACCCUGCGUGCAGAGUCUAGUUAAACUACGAAGCUCUCUUUUAAGAAGUGAAGUCAAACGAAUGCAAAGGGUAAUGAGGGAUUAAAUUCUGAUAAAACUAUAAUAUCAGUAUGGGACAUUGCAUGAGUAAACGCAAACAUAUGGAUACAUACAUCUGCGAAGAUAUGCACCAAGCAAUAAAGAGAGGCCACGCUGAAUGUUUAGUUAUUCAAAUCGAAACGGGAGAUCCGAUUAAUGAAGUUAACGAUGAUGGACUAACUCCACUGGAUGUCGCUUUGAAAUACAGCAAUAUGAAAUGUAUUGAAGAACUAUUAAAGGCAUGCGCUAAAUCUGGGCUUGAUUUGAUUUAUGAUAAUAUCAAUGCAGAUGUAGAGCCCGAUGAACCAGCAAAGUACAAUCAUAAAGACAAUAAUGACAAUGUUGUUCUUCCAAGUGUGUCAGUGACGUAUGUAGAAUUGCUAGCGUCUAAUUAUUUCAGAUUAAGCAGUACUGGUGGGAAUAACGGACUCAUGAUGGCUAUGGACACAAUCUCUAGACAAACAAUCAGUGGACGAUACAAGAAAGACAUGAUUUACAAUGAAUACUGGAAUUUAUAACACCGGAUGGGAUUGGCAUGGAUAUGUUAACUUCCUUCAUCUCAUUUUAUCAGAGGAGAUUAAUUCAAUAUGUGAUAGCUUCAGGAUAUCUUUCUGGAAAGGGUAUUGUAUUAGGCCACCCAAAUAUACAACGCUCAACACCAGAAGUUUAUUAUUGAAAUAAACAUUUAUACCGUUCUAACAGCUCAUAUUCUCCAGCAGCUCAUAGCCGAUUACUCCAUCAAAAAAAUUAUUAAAUAUUUAUCACUUCGUUGGCGAAAAUUCAAUGUCACUAUUAUUAGGAUACAAGUGAAACACACCUGCUAUUUUUAUGAUCGAUUAUUAAUCUAUAAAUAACCAUCAUAUUUUAUUUAUUACGAUAUACUGGAAUAGUUAUUGUACAUAAAAACUAAAAUAGGAUUUUAU